AUGAGGUACGCGACGCUAGUCCUAGCGCUGAAGCGCCCCCCGGUGCUGCCCCCGGCGUCUGCGCUGGCGGGGAAGGUUCUGGGUAGGUCGGCGUACCUCAACUGGCCUCUCAUGCACGAGGCUCAGGUGGUCGGCAUCAGCGAUGAAAAAGAGGAGUACCUGCUGGAGGAAGUCAAGGGCGGGGGGGGCAAGAAGCUCAAGACGAGGGUAAAGGUUAACACCUUCACCGACGAGGCGGCGGGCCGCUGGCGCCUAAAGGCCGCAGAAGAGCAAGGGGCGUACAUCACCGGAAGAGGCGUGCCGGGCAGCGGGGGCGUCGACAUCGGCAAGGUUCAGCUCAUGCUCAAGGCGCGUCCCCUCCAAGGCAUGAGGGUCGACCCGGCCACAGGCGCGAGACGCAAGGUGUUUGGUAAAGAAGAGGCGGAGGUGCCGGUGCACAUGGUGCUAUGGUCGUGCCCAUCUGAAGACCCUCGUUUCGUGGAGAGGGAGAAGGUCACUCUCGAAGAACGUUUUCCGCUCGGUAGUCGCGUCACUUGCCUCCAUGGAGGAAAUGGCCACGGGUGCGUGGGAGAGGUCGUCGCUCACAAUGGGAAGGUCGACGUGCUUGCGGACUUGAGGCCACCCGAGCCGCCCUUCGGGCUUGCCAUCGUACAGUCCGUCAAAACCGCCUACUUCCCUCAGCACAAGGCGUGCCAGACCCUUGGGAUCUCGCCGCAGGUGUUUGGACGCAUCGUCGGGAGCGUCUCAGUCGACCCUGGCAGAGUGGACUUAGGCCUCAACCUCAAACAGAACGGCCGCUACCAGCUGCUCGGGUACUCUCGGUGCGUUCUUCGCAACGAGCCAGCGUGGUCGACCUCGGACACGGUGAGAGUGGUGGGGUCGGCGCCGGUGACCGAAGACAUGGAGGCGCGGUCGUGGGAGUUCUCUCUGGAAGCCAUCAAGCUCAUCACGCGCUACGCGCGGGCCUUCCCGCAGCUGUUUCAUGGCCUGGCGCGGCAUCGGGGGGAAAGGUUCUUCGAAGCAGAGAUGUUGCUCGGGAAGGGAGGAAAAUCUAAGAUGGAAGAGAUCUCCAAGUGGCUUUCGGAGCUUGAGACGGCCGGUCUCCAGAGGGUGCCCCUCACCACGAGGGCCUUGUCCCGAGAAGCUGUGAAGGCGGUGGAGAGGGGAGCGGACGUGCGACAGGCUGUACUGGUGAAGAACGCCAUGGUCAAGAAGACGCUGCUCAAGAAUCUGGAACCAUCACAGCUGCUGGCCUACCACGUCGCAGACCACACGGACGCUCCGAUGGACACAGGGGGGGAAAAGCCAGACCUUGGCGAUAGAAUCGUCAACAUGCGGGCCAAGGGGGUGCCGUUCGGGGUCUGGGGCACCGUGGUUGCAUGCCACAGCCACAGCGCGUGCGUGGAAGUGGUUUUCGACGAAGAGUUCAUCGGCGGGGGCACUCUUCACGGAAUGUGCUCCAACUACAGGGGUGCGCUGGUGCCCUGGGCUACUGUGGCGAAGGUCCACACCAAGGCCCGCCUGCAGGCGUUGAGGGCGAAAGCAGCCCCGCAAGCCGAAGCGAAGGGUCGGAAGAAGGCAAGUGCCGCCGCGCCCGCUCCAGCCCCCGCGUCCAACGCCAAGAAGAAUAGUGGCAUCACCAUCCUCCGCCAAGACGCUGGCGGCGGCAAGAAGCAAUCACAGCAGCAGCAGCAGCAGCAGCAGCAGUCCGCAAGAAGAGGCAACAAUGUCAACAGGGGUGUCAACGUGGCGGGCACGUCGGCGCUCAAGGGCGCCCUGGGCAUUGGAGGUGGCGGUACCGGCGGUGGCCCCCGCAAAGCGCCGCCACCGCCUGCGCCAUCUUCGUCGACUGCGGCGGCAGCCGGGGCAAUGCUCAAGGGCAUGCUUGGGGACCAGACACAAGGCCCCGGGGGUGGCAGCGCUGUUGUGAAGGUGGCGGCUGUUUCAACUGCAUCAGCAGCAGCAGCAUCAGCAGCAGCAGCAGCAGCAGCGACAGCGACGACAGCAAUGGCGAUGACGGCAAGAGCUGCUGCCACGGCGGACCUUAAAUCGUUGAUUGGCGUUAGGAUGGCGGGCCCGCCGCCGCCGCCGCCAGCGACAGAAGCAACAGAAGCAACAGAAGCGGGAGCACCAUUACCGCUACCGCCUCCAGCAGCAGGAGUGUCAGGUGGAGUUCGAUUGAAUCGUCCGGCCGCGGCGACGGCGGCGCUUCCUGCUAGAGGGGGCUCGGAGGAACAGAAGAGCAAGGCGGCGGCGGAUCGAGCGGCAGGUGGCGACGCAGCUAGGAUUGGCGCCGGAGGGCGGAGGACGGUGACCCCUACCCCGAGAGGGAGCGUGGGUGGAGGUGGAGGAAGCAGGGGUGGCGGCGGGCGCGGUGGCGGUGCAGCGUUCAGCAGGCCGGGUGUUACAGCAGCUUGUAGCAAGAAAGGCGGCGAGUUCUCGACGACCACGACUGCUGCUACUGCUACUGCGUCGGCCCCACCUGAUGCUACGGUCGCCGCUCCUGCCCCCGGUGGCGGCGGCGGCGGCGGCGGUGGUGUGGGCACCGGUGGGGCGGCCGGGGAAGGUACAGAGCGACGAGGGGUGGGAUCCUCUCCCGCGAAGGUAGAAGCACAGGCGCAACCGCAGCAGGCCCAGGAGGCUAGCACCUGUCCCCAGGCCACGUCUUCCAAUGAGGCGGCGCCGGCGGCGCCGGCAGCCGCCGCUCGCACGGUCGCAGACACGGCUGCUGCUAGCAGCCGAGGCAGGCAUCUCAUGAGCCUUAUCGGUGCGGGGAAGCCUUCGCCCCAAGCGCCAUCGGGCGCCGCUGCCGCAGGAGCCGCGGCGGUGGGGGCAACGAGUUCGGCGGGUGAAGCUAUGAAGGGACCGGGCGCGCCGCCUGGGGGCUCGGGGGGUGUCCCGGGGCAUCCGGCAAGGCAGGCCGGGGAGUGUUAG